AUGGAGAAGUCGCAGCGCUUCCGCAUCGAGGCGCUGCUGGCCGCCGAGCCCCCCAAGGCGCAGGCCGCCCCCCUGGCCCUGGUCGCCUCCGCGGGGCCGGCCGGCCGCGGGACCCCCGCCUCCAGCCCCUCCGGCCUGGGGGGCAAGGCGGCCUUCCUGGGGGGCGGCGGCGGCGGCGGCGGCGGGCCCCAGCCCCCCUCGGCGCUGGGCCUCCACCCGGCCGGCCCGCCGCCCGCCGCCCUCUACGGCCACCCGGUGUACGGCUACCCGGCCGCCGCCGCCGCCCUGGCCUACCCCUACGCCCAGCCGCCCGCCGAGCCCCUCAAGCUGGGCGCCGCCGCCACCUUCCAGCUGGACCAGUGGCUGCGCGCCUCCACCGCCGGCAUGAUCCUGCCCAAGAUGCCCGACUUCGGCGCGCAAGCACAGUCCAACUUACUGGGCAAGUGCCGCCGUCCACGCACCGCCUUCACCAGCCAGCAGCUGCUGGAGCUGGAGCACCAGUUCAAGCUGAACAAGUACCUGUCACGGCCGAAGCGCUUUGAGGUGGCCACGUCGCUCAUGCUCACCGAGACUCAGGUGAAAAUCUGGUUCCAGAACCGGCGCAUGAAGUGGAAACGGAGCAAGAAGGCCAAGGAGCAGGCGGCGCAGGAGGCGGAGAAGCAGAAAGGAGGUGGCGGACUGGGGGAGGACAAGGCAGGGGACGAGUUGCCCCCAGGCGGGGCAGAGAAGAGCACCGGAGGCCGCCGGUUGCGGGAGCUCAGGGACAGUGACCUGGAGGAGGAGGAGGACGACGAUGAAGAGGAAGAGGACAGGCCUGGACACUGCUGCCCCUACGGCUCUCCGGAUUGUUCCGAUGGGGACGAGGACGGGAGGCAGCCCCGUAGCAGGCAUGGGGGGCCACUGCCCCCAGCCCCAGCUCCCUAA